AUGCUGGAUCCGUGGCAGAGCCUGGACCCCUUCGGGGACUCCGAAGACAAGCCCUUCAAGAGAGGGAGGCCCUUCGUGGUGCCGCCGGGCCUGGACGACGUGAUCGGUAGCAAGCGGAAAAGGAAGGGGCCGAGGAAGCUUCAGGACUUCUUGAAAUGGUUCUCUGCCUCCUACGACGACGCUGCAGACGGCAGGAAAAGCAAGAGGAAAGGGCCGACGUUCGCGGAUCUGGAGGUGCUGUACUGGAAGCAGCUGAAGGAGCGGCUGGCGGCACAGAGGAAGCUGCAGAGCAGGGCGGUGAGCGGGGACGGGGGCUGGGGGGCUCGGGGGGGGCUCGGGGGGGGCACCGGGCUCAGCGCUGCUCUCCCAGAGGCCGCCCUGGGCGCUGCCGCUGGAGCGCGACGAGGAGGAGCCGGAGGCGGCAGAAGAGGAGCGCGAGGGUGACUGCGGGGGGGGACGCCGAGGAAGGCCCAGAUGAUUUUCUGGAGUACGAGGACGUCCACCCCGAGGCCCCAGCGGCGGUGGUCGAGGGAGACGGGGCACCGCUCUGCCCUCCCGCAGCUCCCUGCGACUUGGACGUGCUGGGCUACGAGGAGCUGGUGAGGAGGAACGUGGAGCUGUUCAUCGCCAACUCGCAGAGGUACGUGCAGGAGACGGAGCUCUCCCAGCACAUCCGCCAGUGGGAGGAGAAGAUGGGGCCGAUGCUGCAGGAGCAGGAGGAACGGGCGGCCUUCGACAUCCACAGCUACGGGGACAGGCUGGCCGCGCGCUUCGGGCGCCUGGGCGAGUGGCGCUCCUUCGGCAGCCUGGUGGCGGGCAUGCCGGCCUUCGAGGUGUGCCGCUACAUGCUGGCCUCGCUGCAGCUGGCCAACGACUACACGGUGGAGGUGGCGCAGGACCCGGGCCUGGAGGAGGCGGUGGACACCAUGCGGCUGCGGCUCCUCCGGCGCGAGCAGGCCCACGAGCGCUUCCGCACCUACCGCGCCUCCCUGCUCUGCGACUGAGCCCCCCCGUGCCCUGUACAGCCCCCCCUCCUGUACAGCCCCCCCCCUGUACAGCCCCCCGCCCGCGCUGCCCUCCUGCUCUCAGCAAUAAACACCCAGCUGCCGCA